GACCAGGCUGAGGCAACCUAAGUGGCCGGCAGUAGAAAUGGAGGGAGGGAGGAGGCUGAAGCUGUGCUUAGGUUGGGGAACUUAACCUUAACCAGUCGCUGCUGUGCAUAACAACACCAAGAGCAGAGAGAAGUUGUUCUGACACCGGUGAGGAAAAAAAACCUACAGGGACAAGAAGAAGAGGACUGGGCCAUGGUUGGAAUCUUUUAGGUAUGGGUGGUGUGCAGCGGCCCUGACCCCCAGGUGUGAUCCCUGACCGAAGGGGCCAAGAUGGCAGCUGCAUCCGAUGACCCACACCUGGGUCCUGGCCCGUCAGAUGAAGAAGAGGUCCUCCUGGAUGAUUCUGACUCAGGGAGCGUGCUCUCUGACGACUCGGUGCUUCCCGAGUAUGAACAAGAAACGGUCUAUAAGGAGCCGCCUAAAACACUGUAUGAGGCGUGCGCAAGGAACGACCCCACAUCCCUGAGCAGCAUCCUGCAGAGAGGGGUCAUGAAAGAGGAGGCCAUGGAGUUAGACAUCAAUGGCAGAAAUGGACUGAUGCUGGCUGUGUCCAAAGGUUUUGUAGACAUUGUCACCCUCCUGCACAAAUGUCCAUUAGUAGACAUCAACCACCAAGACAAUGACGGCAACACUGCUCUCAUGAUCGCUGCACAGGCCGGAUUCAUCAACAUCCUUAACUACAUCCUGAACUACUAUUCUGAUGUGGAGACUGAGAUCAGAGACCCCCGCGGCUUCACGGCCCUCAUCAAGGCAGGUCUGCAGGGCCGAGAGGAGUGUGUGUCGGCCCUACUGAUGCACGGUGCAGACAUGCAUGCUGUGGACUUGGUCCAAGGAAGGGGGCUGAAGGACUGGGUUCUUCGGACUGGAAGGUUUGAGACCCUGAACAGGAUACGUCGCCUGCAGACUCAUUCUGUUGCAGAGCAGUUCUGUGAAAGCUACAAGCCUGAGUGGCCUGAACUGAAGCACCUGGUAGAAAAGGCCGCUGCCCCCAAAACAGCCAGUCAGAAGUUGAGGCAUCGCCUAAAGGAAAGCCUUACUUUCAGCUUCCCACACGACCCUCAAGACAACGGGGUAAUGGAUCAUAUGGUUCGAAUAACCACGGGUAUUCACAGUCCCCUGAUAGCUACCGGGUCCCGGCCACUCUGUCCCACCAGUCCUCCUGAGAUUGGCAAGAGAAGGUUUGCCGUACCAGAACUGCUUAAAAAGCACAGCAGUAAGGAGCUGGAGGAGAGCACUGUGUCCCACAGCAACGGAUCCAUCACCUCAGCUUCUCCAAGAGCUAUGUCCGUCACCUCUGUUUCUCUGACAUCCUGCUGCCAGGAGGCAGAGCGCAGGGAGAGCAUGGUGUCAGGCAGCGUGAGAAGCUUCAUCCCCCGCAGCAUGGCACACAGGAACAGCAUAUUCCCAUCAGGCUGCAUUCCUAAGAUUGAAGUGACAAAAUCUGGGGAGCCCACACCAAAAAAGGAGAAAAAGAAGAAAAGGCAGAAGGGCUACCUGGAGCCACCCAUCUGGAAGUAUAAGGAAGCCAAGGAGGGAAAAAAAAGAGAAAGAAAAAAACAAGAUCAGGAAAAAGAACAAGAGAACAUUUCUAAGGGGUCCAAAAAAUCCUCCAGCAAACGCUGAGCCAGCCAAAUCACAUUUCACUGUGAUAUGCAUGCAUAAAAUAAAUAAAACAGUGAGAUACCAGUGACUCAGAUUUCUGUAACAUGAGAGAAAGUCAUUGCAAAACAACUUUGGGAGUGAGCAUCUGACAAAUCUCAUGAACAUUGGCUCUGAAUGAAACUGACAUCCACUGAAAUGACUCACAUUAGACAUUUCUAAAGGAUUUUUGACAUUUUGGGCAUAAAAUUAUGUUAUUCCAAAUAAUAUCUUGGGUUUAAACAUGUUUAAACAUUUUAAAUCUCAAGCCUAGCGGACCAGAGAGUCUUUUGCUGUUGGACUACAGCCCAUGCUUUGGCUGCAAUGAAAUUCAGUUUUAAACACCCGUCGCUUCUUUGGGAAUCUUAUAAGCCUUUGUUUGGUGAAAAGCUUUGUGGUAUCUGAAUACAAUACAAACAGCCAAUAGCCUGUACUGUGAAAGAGAUGUAUUGGAUCAUAUGCCUUCAGAAAAAAGUCAUUAGUGUCACAGUGAAACUAUUAUGUCAAAUGGACCAAAAGACACAAAACAUGUCUUUUGUUUAACUACACUUCAUAUAAUAAAUCAUCUGUGGAUUCUUUUUAUGUAGAAGAGAAAACUAUUCUUUAUUGUCCCUUUUUUGUUUCUAAUUGUUAUACUAAUCAGGCAUAAAAUUAUGACCACUGGAAGCUGAAGUGAACUGAUUAUCUUAUUGUCAUGGUACCUGUUAGUGGUUGGCCAACAAGUGCACACAUUUUUCCUGAACGUUGAUGUUAUAGAAACACGGAAAAUGGACAAGCAUUAUGAUUUGAGUGAGUUAGACGACCAGAUUAGAGCAUCUCCAAAACAGCAGCUCUUGUGAGGUAUUACUGGUCUGUAGUGAUCAUUAUCUGUCAAAGGUGGUCCAAGGAACCAGCAGCAGGACGAUGAGCUGGCCUCUGAGGUCCGAUCCAAUAGACGACCUACUGUAGCUUACAUUGUAGAAGUUAAUGCUGGUUCAGACAGAAAAGUCUCAGAAUACACAGAAAUAUCACAGUUUGUUGAGUAUGGGGCUGCUUACCUGCAGACCAGUCCAUGCUGACCCACCAUCAAAAGUGCCAACAAUGGUCAUGUGAGGAAACGACGAAGAUGAUGGCCUCGUCUGAUGAAUCUAGUUUUCUUUUCCGUCACCUGGAUGCCUUGGUGCUUGUGUGUUGCUUACUGGAGGAACCUAUGGAACCAGUAUUGAUAUUACUUUGAAACAUACAGUAUCACCACCUACUUAUGCAUUGUUACAAAUCACGUACAGAGAAGCACAACAACCUUGAGGUGCUGACUUUACGUUCCCCAUGGAAAUGUGCUGGAGAAACAAGACCAGUGCUUGGAGGCCCAACGUCGCAACUUAUAGGACAUAAAGGAUCUCUGGAUAACAUCUCAAUACCACAGCACACCUUCAGGGUUCUAGUGGAGUCCAUGCUUCAGUGAGCUGGCAGCCAAAGAAUGACCAACUCACUAUUUAGAAGAUAAUCAUAUUGUUAUGCCUGACUAUUGUUUAUUUUCUAAUUUUCCCUCCUGCAUCAUAUUCCAUCUUCCAGAUGCCUUUAUAGCUUUUUCACGUUUCUGAUACUCCAAAACAUUUUUUAAGUCACAUAAGAGACGUUUAAAACUGAAAAGUCAUUUCUCUGCAUGUUUGGCUUGUGGUAAAAUAAGGAUUUACUUACAUGUGCAAGUCUUCGGUCUGCGACAGCUUUUUGUGUUUUGUUAGACAUAGUUAACAGAACACUGAAAUGUUUGUGCAAAACUUACAUUUUACUGUAAAAAUCAAAGGAAUACCACAUAUCAUUCAGGGGAUCCAUGAGAGGAACCACCUGUAAUAAAUUUUACUCAGGGUUAUUGAAUUAUGAGCACUUCGGAUCCAGAUUGUUUCUUGCAAUUUAGCUUGCAACAAAAAAAAGUUAUAUUUUAUGUUUGUAUUACUGCCUAAAAUAACACAAUUAUUUAUGUAUUUUAACACAAAACAUAUCCAGUUACAACAGAAUAUAUUUAUCUGUAUCAUAUCUAUCUAUUUUUGCAAUCUCUUCCUUGAAAAUUAGACAUUUUGGAGAUUAUCUUAAAAACGAAGCAAAACACUCAGGUUUGUUGCAUGUAUGAGGUGUGUAACCAAUGACAAGUGUUUGUAUGUAAGCUUGUAAUAAAUUUACUGGAUCUUUGCAAUACUGAGUUUUUAAAAGCUUUCUGUUUGAUGUCGCCUAGUCAUGAAGUAUGGUAAAUUACACUCAUCUUCAUAAACCAAUCAGCCUAGUUAAUCAGAAAAAUCAGGCUGUAGGAUAAAUUCUUGACCUUUCUAUUGAUUUAUCUGUAUUACACAUUUAAAGAAGGAUCAGGACAUUUCUCUAUAUUUCUAAGGAUUAGAAUUUAUUUACAAGUCAAUCAAUGAUGAGUCCAUUUAAAAUAAAAGCAUAAGAAGAAUCAACAAGAUCAAAUCAUCAAGGGAAUUAGGACUUAAAUAAUUUUCAAACUACUGUUUAGUACGGCACCCGGGAACUGACAUGGAGAAAAAAAAAAUAAAUAAAUAAAUAGCGUGCACAUGAAAUGCUAAUUCGUUUCCACAAAAUACUAAUUUGUGCCCAUGAAGUACUUAUUCGUGUUGGACCACUUGUUUGCUGAAUAUUGGACCAUUUGCACAUUGCUGGACGCCACCAGGCCUCCUGACGUUUUCGGCCAUUUUGUAUCCAGGACAGUCCGUUCCUACAG